CCUAGGCUCAAUCCCCGAACCCUCCUCUCCUGCUCCAAUGGGAAUGGUCACCGCCGCCACGUCUCGCCUCCUCCUCCACCAUCGCGCCGCCGCCGGCGGCAGCUCCGAGCGACACCACCAGCAGAAGAAACUCAGGUACUCCGCGAGCUCGUUUCCUCUCUCGCUGCGCUGCGGCUCCGGCCGGCGGGCGGCGGCGGCCGGGGCAAUCCUGCCCGACCGCGUCACCCCGUUCGACUAUGAUGCGGACGACGACCACCCGCGCGAGGAGUGCGGUCUGUUGGGGGUCAUCGGCGACCCGGACGCUGCGUCGCUGUGCUACCUGGGCCUGCAGAAGCUGCAGCACCGCGGGGAGGAGGGCGCGGGCAUCGUCGCCGUGGGCGGGGACGGCAAGCUCAAGUCCGUGACGGGCCUGGGGCUCGUGGCCGACGUGUUCGGGGACCCGUCCAGGCUUGCCUCGCUCCCAGGCCCAGCCGCAAUCGGGCACGUGCGCUACUCCACGGCCGGCGCCGCCGCGUCGCUGCGCAAUGUGCAGCCGUUCCUGUCUGGGUACCGGUUCGGUCAGCUCGCCGUGGCGCACAACGGCAACAUCGUCAACUACCAGGCGCUGCGGAACAAGCUCGAGGCGCGGGGCUCCAUCUUCAACACGUCGUCGGAUACGGAGGUCAUCCCCCACCUCAUCGCGACGUCGCUCUCGCGGCCCCUGCUCGCGCGCAUCUGCGACGCAUGCGAGCGCCUCGCGGGGGCAUACUCGCUCCUGUUGCUCACGGCCGACAAGCUGUUCGCCGUGCGCGACCCGCACGGGUUCCGCCCGCUGGUGCUCGGCCGCCGUCGCAACGGCGCCGUCGUGUUCGCGUCGGAGACCUGCGCGCUGGACCUCAUCGACGCAACCUACGAGCGCGAGGUGGAGCCCGGGGAGGUGCUCGUCGUCGACCGCCGCGACAUGUCGGUGUCCUCGGCCUGCCUCGUCCCGCACCGCCCACGCCGUGCCUGCGUCUUCGAGCAUAUCUACUUCUCGCUCCCCAACUCGGUCGUCUUCUCCCACGCCGUCCACGAGCGCCGCACCGCCUUCGGGCACGCGCUGGCCGAGGAGUCCCCCGCACCAGGCGCGGACGUGGUCAUCCCGGUGCCGGACUCGGGCUUCUACGCCGCGCUCGGGUUCGCGCGCGCGUCGGGCCUCGAGUUCCAGCAGGGCCUGAUCCGGUGGCACUACAGCGGCCGCAGCUUCAUCCAGCCGACGCAGGCGAUCCGCGACCUCGCCGUGAAGCUGAAGCUGGCCCCCGUGCGCGGCGUCAUUUGCGACAAGAGCGUCGUGGUCGUGGACGACUCCCUGGUGCGCGGCACCACCUCGAGCAAGAUCGUGCGGCUGCUCCGCGACGCCGGCGCGCGCGAGGUGCACAUGCGGAUCGCGAGCCCACCCGUGGUGGCGUCCUGCCUCUACGGCAUCGACACGCCGAGCGAGGGCGAGCUGAUCUCUAACCGGAUGGACCUGGAGGGCGUGCGCAGGGAGAUCGGCAGCGACUCGCUCGCCUUCCUCUCGCUCGGCAAGCUGCACGGCAUCUACGGCGCCGAGGCGGGAGACUACUGCGACGCGUGCUUCUCGCGGAAGUACCCCGUGCUGCCCACGCUGGCCGAGCCGGUCGCGGAGCUCGAGGAGUGAGGCGGUGAACAGAGGGGAGAAGGCAUUUGGCAAACUUGCUGUCUACGGGUGGACGGGAGCGGGAAUCAGCGAACGGUGUCGGGAAUAGAGGCGGGUAGGGAUGGCGAGCCGCACGGUCAGGCAAAUUUGGCGAUCGUCUUCCGCUGGAUAGCGAGAAUAUUAUGAUAACCAGUCUGUGAGCUAUUCUGCAGGAGCUGCUUUUUUACGGGAGAUGGCCAAAAGAGUCGAAUGUCCAUCCUAGUGGAGAUGCUCUACGUAGUUUCAAGGACUGACACGGAUUGAGAGCAUCAAGUACUCUUCUUUCCGUGCCCUUACGCUGAGUACCAAUGAAACAUUUGGGCCUGUUUGGUUUGUGCUACCAACUAGCCAAGUUAAAGUUUAGCCAUGCUAAAACCUGGUUGAUUCCAAA